AUAUUGAUAUUCAUCUGACGGUACUUGCCCACUUUAGGUUGCAGAUUCUGGUGAAAAGUUCCAAAAGAAAUAUUCAAAAAAGAAGUAAAAUAUUUUGAAAGAGAGAGAGUACAGAGGGAAUCCUUACCUUUCAUGAUGAUACGCAGACAGCAGUGAUUGUGUUUCAUUUCUUUGUGUGUGCUGUUCAGUAGAGCCACGCCUGCCCACCCAAGCACUUCCCGUGACGCUUUAAGAUCUGUUCAUAGAGAGCUCGAAAUUAUGGCUUUCUUUGCUUCUCCUCAGCACUUCCCUCAGUCCUUUCCCAACCAUUAGACCAUAGCUCCUCUCUUAAUUUAACUUAACCCCACAUCUCCCAGGGCUCAGCCCAGUCCCAUCCAUCAAUUUUUUGUCUUUCUCCUCCCUUAAGAUUAAUGACCCAUUACCCAGAUCUAGGCCACUGAUUCUGCUCAGCUCUAUAAAGCAGGAGCUCCUGCUGCUACUGCUGCAGACGUGGUGUUCGAUAAAAUGCCAAGUACCGAAUCGUUUCUGAGGCAGAUAAGUACAAGGGAGGGCUCCAAAUCUACAUCUAGGAGGUGGGGUGGCGAGGGAAGCCAUUGGGGCCAGAAGAUGGAGGGCGGUGUUAACAACUUGUAUGGGAUCGAGAGCGGCGGAAUGUCUAGGAGGAAGAGGGUGAUGGUGGUGGUGGAUCAGACUUCACAGGCCAACCAUGCAACCAUGUGGGCGCUAACUCAUGUGGCUAACAAGGGCGAUGUUCUUACUCUUCUUCAUGUCAUCCCUACCUCCUCUGCCCACUCUUCUUCUUCUGCAGAUUCUUCUUCCUCUUCCUCUUUCUCUGCUACUUCUCUUGGUUCCCUCUGCAAGGCUUCUAGACCUGAGGUGGAGGUGGAAGUGCUGGUGAUCCAGGGGCCAAAGCUGGCCACAGUGAUGAAUCAAGUGAAGAAGUUGGAGGUGUCGGUGCUGGUUCUGGGACAGAGAAGACCAUCGUUUCUCAGUUGCUUUCGUGGAAGUGGUGGGGCGGGAGAUCUGGUGGAUCAUUGCAUAAAUAACGCAGAGUGCUUGACCAUUGGAGUGAGAAAGCAGAGCAGAGACAUGGGUGGCUAUGUAAUCAACACCAGAUGGCAGAAGAACUUCUGGCUUCUGGCUUAGUUGGUUUAGUUAGAGAGUUACGACAGAAGCCUGACCCUUGGAAGUUGUAAGUUGUAAGUUGUAUUGUAAUCUAAUUAACAAUCACUCAGCCUACUGCUGCAAUCUGUAAAACAACUAACAAGCUUAUCAUCCUUUGUGUUAGCAUAAUGAAUUGCAACUUUUUAGCUAGCUCGAUGGGAAUUCAGAAUAAGUGUUCACAUCAUGUGAACUAUCUCUUUGCACCUUAGAAAACAGAGCUUGGAAGUUGAGAAAAUUAUUCUAAUUCCAUUCAAUGUUGGAAGGUCC